UUAUAUCUAACACAUACACUGUACAUUUCCUCCUAUUGAAUUUCUCCUUUGUUUUUCUUUGUAUCCUGGUCUGGUUUAUUUUCUAAUUGCUACUUCUUCCUUCCCUCUGCCUGUAUUGCCUCCAUCUGUCUCUCCAGUUCUUCCCUCAGUGUCUCUCCUCCAGAUGACUCCCUCCUCUCCAGUCAGCUGCCACGCUACAGGUUUCUAUCCUAAAAGAGUCAUGAUGUUUUGGAGGAAAGAUGGAGAGGAGCUUCAUGAAGGUGUGGAUCCUGGAGAGAUCCUCCCCAACAAUGAUGGGACCUUUCAGAUGAGUGUUGAUCUGAAUGUUUCAUCAUUCACACUUGAAGACUGGAGCAGAUUUGACUGUGUGUUUCAUCUCUCUGAUGGUGAGGACGUCAUCAUCACCAGGCUGAAUGAAACAGUGAUCAGAACCAACAGAGGAGGAAAAAAUACAAAUGAGGAACCCUCAGACAUGAUGAUCACCAUCACUGCUGCAGUGGUUGUUUCAGUUGCUCUCGUCCUCGUUGCUGCUGUUUUUGCUGCUGUUUACAAGAAGAAGAAAGAAACAAAUACUGAACAAUCUCGAGACAACGCCUGUGAUCUCUCUACAAGACUGAAUUCAGAGCCCUCAUAGACAAACACAGCACAUGAUGGACAAAUACAGACAUCUUCACCUACAUAAUAAAAAGAGCAAAGGCAAUUGUUGAUCUUUUCUUUU